UCGGAAUCAGAGAAGAAGAUCCUUACGGAAGAGGAACUUGAGCGGAAGAAGAAGAAGGAUGAAAAGGCUAGAGCAAAGGAAUUGAAAAAGCUAAAAGCUUUGACGAAACAAAAACCUUGGGAGGCAAAAACGGCAGAAGAUGGAACUAAAAGGAGCACAAAGAAGAGUUCCAAACGAGAGGCGUCACAAGAGAAUCCUGAAGAUUUCUUGGACCCUGAAACACCUCUUGGUGAGAUAAAGAGGCUCUCUCCACAGAUGGCCAAACAAUACAGUCCUUCUGCCGUAGCGAAGUCAUGGUAUGCUUGGUGGGAGAAGUCUGACUUUUUUAAGGCGGACGCUAAAAGUUCUUCCUCCUCCAAAUGUGACUGGAGUCUUGCAUAUCGGACAUGCCCUAACUACUGCUAUUCAGGUUUCAUUAGCACUUUCUUGUUUAGCUCUAUUGCUCCUCUCCUUAUUGACAUUUUGCUGGUAAAGGAUACAAUUAUUCGUUGGAAGAGAAUGUCUGGGUAUAAUGCUCUGUGGGUGCCUGGGAUGGAUCAUGCUGGUAUAGCUACACAGGUUGCGGUUGAGAAAAAUAUCAUGCGGGAAAGAGGACUGACUAGGCAUGACGUUGGUCGUGAAGAGUUCAUAAAUGAAGUGUGGAAGUGGAAGAAUCAACACGGUGGCACAAUUCAAUCACAACUACGGCGUUUAGGAGCUUCUCUUGAUUGGUCUCGUGAGUGUUUUACAGUGGACGAGAUAAGAUCAAAAGCUGUCACUGAGGCCUUUGUACUGUUAUACAAGGAAGGGCUUAUCUAUAGGGAUAUUCGGCUUGUGAACUGGGAUUGUGUUUUGCAAACAGCCGUAUCUGAUGUUGAGGUUGACUAUAUCGAUAUCAAAGAGAUAACGCUACUAAAAGUUCCUGGCUGCGAGAAGCCAGUAGAAUUUGGCUUGGGCGAGGUUGUUGUUGCCACUACAAGAGUGGAAACAAUGCUUGGGGAUACUGCCAUUGCUGUUCAUCCUGAUGAUGCAAGAUACAAGCAUCUCCAUGGGAAGUUUGCUGUGCACCCAUUUAAUGGACGCAAGUUACCAAUCAUCUGCGAUGCAGAACUCAUUGUUCCAAAUUUUGGUACUGGUUGUGUUAAGAUUACUCCUGCACAUGACCACGAUGAUUGCAAGGUCGGAAAGCGUCACAAUCUUGAGUUUAUUAACAUAUUCACCGAUGAUGGAAAGAUCAACACAAGUGGCGGGCCUGAAUUCACAGGGGUGCCACGUUUUGCAGCUCGUGAGGCAGUUAUUGAGACUCUGAAGAAGCAGGGGCUGUAUAGAGAUGCCAAAGACAAUGAAAUGAGGCUUGGACUUUGCCAAAGAAGCGGUGAUGUUAUUGAGCCUAUGAUUAAGCCUCAGUGGUACGUCAACUGUAGCAUAAUGGGAAAGGAAGCUCUCGAUGUUGCUGCUGUCUCUGAUGGAAACAAGAAGCUCGAGUUUAUACCAAAACAGUACACAGCAGAAUGGAGAAGAUGGCUAGAGAACAUACGUGACUGGUGUAUUUCAAGACAGCUUUGGUGGGGCCACAGGAUACCAGCAUGGUAUGCAACUCUCGAGGAAGAUGAGCUCAAGGAGGUUGGCUCAUACAAUGACCAUUGGGUUGUUGCUAGAACGGAGGAAGAAGCUCGAAGAGAAGCUUCUAGAAAAUUUUCUGGGAAGAAGUUUGAACUCAGACAAGAUGAUGAUGUACUUGAUACGUGGUUUUCUUCUGGUCUCUUGCCGCUGUCUGGUCUGGGAUGGCCUGAUGAAACUGACGACUUUAAAGCUUUCUAUCCGACAUCUGUCCUUGAAACUGGACAUGACAUUCUCUUUUUUUGGGUUGCCCGUAUGGUUAUGAUGGGAAUGAAACUAAGUGUUAAAAACAAGGUGGUGAUCACACUUACACACUCCUUAGUCUAUUUUCAUCCUAUAAUACGUGAUGCACAAGGACGUAAGAUGUCAAAAUCUCUUGGAAAUGGUAUCGAUCCCCUCGAAGUAGUAAACGGGGUGACUCUUGAGGGUCUUCACAAGAGACUAGAUGCGAGUAACCUGGAUCCAAAAGAGGUGGCAUUUGCUAAACAAGGACAAGUGAAGGACUUUCCAAAUGGUAUCCCUGAAUGUGGCUCUGACGCUCUUCGGUUUGCGCUUGUCUCCUACACUGCUCAGUCUGAUAAAAUAAUCUUGGACAUCCACCGACUUGUUGGUUACCGUCAAUGGUGUAACAAACUGUGGAACGCUGUUAGAUUUGCGAUGAUGAGGCUUGGCGAUGAUUAUUCCCCUCCGGUGACUCUAAGCCCUGAAGCAAUGCCAUUUAGCUGCCAGUGGAUUCUCUCUGUACUGAACAAGGCAGUAUCAAAGACUGUCGAGUCGCUGAAUGCAUUCGAGUUUGCGGAUGCGGCCAAUACAGUGUACGCAUGGUGGCAAUAUCAGUUCUGUGAUGUGUACAUUGAAGUAAUCAAGCCUUAUUUUGCUGGAGACAAGACGACGUUUGCUUCAGAGAGAGCACAUGCACAAGAUGCUCUCUGGGUAUCUCUGGAGACUGGUUUGAGAUUGCUUCACCCAUUUAUGCCGUUUAGCUAUGGCAACGUCUGCCUUCACCCAAAACUUCUGAAAGAAAGGUCUCUAUCAUGCUAUGCGACUACCCAUAUAUCUGCUAUGGAGAAUUGGACAAAUGAUAAAGUGGAGUCGGAAAUGGAAACGGUUCUAGCGAUGGUGAAAUCCGUGAGGGCACACCGGGCAGAGAAAAUGAAAAAUGAAAGGUUACCUGCUUCUGCUUUGUGUGAAAACAUGUUAACAUAUGAAAUCGCAAAAUCUCACGAGUUGGAGAUCAGAACCCUUACAAAUCUAUCAUCCUUGGAGGUUCUGUUAAAGGGAGAACACUGA